CAUGACAAAAAUGACGCUUAAAGUUAUGGAACAAUUUAAUCCCGAAGAUGGAAGUUGGUUUGAAGUUCCCAUAAAAAAUAAAGAGUCCGCGCCUGCUAAAGAUUUCGUCCCUGAGACUAAAACAUCCACUUCAGAAGAAAAGUUACCAUCCAUUCCUUGUCAGCCGCCCACUGAAAUACCUCCUAAACCGUCCAACAACCUUAUGUGCCACAAGAAAUUCUCUAAAACAGUUCCUGACAAGCGUUUUGCUUGUGCGAUGGAGAUCGUUUUGGAAAUAACUUCCAACGGGGAAGAGCAUGAGCUAAAAGUUGUAAGGAAGUUUGGGGGCUGUACAAUAAAGGAUGGUGGUAAAGGCCCGUUUGAUGACGCCAUUUUGAGAAGUAUACGCCGUCGGUGUAAAAUUGAUAAGGGUGAUUUAAAAUGCCCAUUCAAUCCCGCCCACGAGCGUAUAAGAUUUCUAAAAUAUUUGAAGUCGCUUGAAAACAAAAAAAAGCGCGAAGCUGACAGAGAGAAGAAGGAACUUGAAGCCAAAGAAGAUAAUGCCACAAAAGAUAAGCCCAAAGAAAAUGAAGUCCAAGCUGAAUCAUCUCCUGACCCUGAUGCUGAGAAAAAGUUAUGUUUGCGAAGAAUUAUUGUCAAAAGACUUUUGGCGCCUUUUUUCAAGGAAGAAAAAGCUAGAUCGAAAGGUGAUAAAAAUUCCCAUUCAGCUGCGAAGAAGGAGGAACAAAGUCCAACUAAUUCAAACGAAGUGGGACAGAAUAGGUUAGCAACUAAAGCGCGUAAAAGAAGGCAAAGACGUUUGAAGAACGACAAUAUUAUGGAAAAAACUUAUAAUAAAGAUGGCGGCGAGAACCAAUUUGAAAAGUUGAAUGAAGAUAAUAACAAAGUUGAAGGUGAUAUUGCGGCGAAAACAAUAGAAAAGACUGAGGAUCAGGAGAAAAUAAGUAGUUUUGUAUUGGAUAAAGAAAACAUUGACGUAAAUAAGGUAGAAGACAAGACGGCGAAGGAGAAGAAGAAAAUUCGUAAGGAAAAGGCUGGCUUAAAGCUAGCGCUAUAA